ACUUCUCUGGUUUGAGAAGUGCCAGAACAACAGAAGUUCGGGAGAUAAUCUCAACAGAAAAAAAGAUGAGGGUAUUCAUUUUCUUCAUAAUUUCAAUAACAAUGGCCAGCAUGGCUGUUUUUCUUUCUUUUGUUCAGAAGAGCAGAAAUGACUUAUUCAGAAAAACAAGAAAGCAUGGCAUUACCAGAACUAUCCUUGAAGCAGCAUCUGUAACAGAUGAGGAAACAUAUAAAAUUCCAGAAAGAAAUCUUCAAAGGAGCAGAACAAUGACUCCUGCACAGUUUCUGGCUUUCUUCAAAUACCCAGAACAAGAGACUCAAGCUGUCUCUCGAGCAGCUGAGAAAAUGGAAGCUUCAAUACAAGUUUUAAAAGAAAAACUUCACCAGAAGCAUAAACGAUCAUUGUUUCCAAGUGAUCUGUUAUCCAGUGAUGUUCUCAGUAAGAUAGCCAGUAUAUCCGGAUGCCUACCACAUACACUGCCUCCAAAAUGCCCCCGAAACUGUGUGACCAGUAAAUAUAGACAUAUCACUGGUAUUUGCAACAACAGGGAACAUCCUCGAUGGGGAGCUUCCAACAUAGCACUGGCUAGAUGGCUUCCUCCAGUUUAUGAAGAUGGACUAAGUCAACCCAAAGGAUGGAAUUCAGAUUUUUUGCACAAUGGAUUUCCAUUGCCAUCGGUGCAUGAAGUAACAAGAAAAAUUAUUGAGGCUUCUAAUGAGGCUGUUACAGAAGAUGAGCUACAUACUGAUAUUUUCAUUGUAUGGGGGCAAUACAUAGAUCAUGACCUUGCUUUUACACCUCAGAGUACAAAUCAGCGUUCCUUACCGGGAGAAGUGGACUGUGAGAAGACAUGUGAAAACCAAAACUCAUGCUUUCCAAUACAGGUUUUUUCAAAUGAUACGUUCUCCAUUAACAUGAACUGCAUGCCUUUUUACCGUUCAUCCCCUGCCUGUGCCACUGGUCAUCAAGGAGUUCUCCUAGGAAACCUAUCAACUCUAAAUCCAAGGCAACAGAUUAAUGGUCUAACCUCCUUCAUAGAUGCUUCGACCGUUUAUGGUAGCACACCAGCCAUAGAAAGAAAACUGAGGAAUAUGACAAGCAAAGAAGGCCUCUUGAGAAUAAACUUGCAAUACUUUGACAAUGGCCGUGAAUACCUGCCUUUUGUCGACAGAGUCCCCUCGCCGUGUGCUCAAAAUUUCAAAGCAGAUGAAGCAGAAAGAAUUGAAUGUUUUAUGGCUGGAGACAGCAGACUCCCGGCCAGAGAUUUGCUAUUCCUGCAUUGGGUGAAGUCUGCAAUAAGCACCUUCAUGGUUGCGAGCAGCACAAUCCCACUCCUUUCGGCAAAAGCUCUGAAGAAGCUGAACCCCCAGUGGAGUUCUGAAACUAUCUAUCAAGAAGCUCGCAAAAUUGUUGGGGCUCUACAUCAGAUUAUUACCAUAAGAGACUACAUCCCCAAAGUUAUUGGUCCAGACGCUUUUAAUGAAUACAUUGGUCCUUAUAAAGGUUACAGUCACACAGCAGAUCCCACCGUAGCCAAUGUCUUUUCUACAGCAGCUUUUCGCUUUGCUCACGCUGCAAUUCAUCCUGUAAUAAAGAGACUCAACACAGAGUAUCAGAAUGACCCAAAUCUUCCCAACCUUAAUUUGCAUGAGGUUUUUUUUGCACCCUGGAGACUCAUUAAAGAAGGAGGUUUAGACCCCUUGCUAAGGGGGAUGUUGGCAACCGCCGCAAAGCUCCAGGUACAGGAUCAACUGCUGAAUGAGGAACUAACUAGGAAGCUCUUUGUAUUGUCUAAUAAUGGUUCACUCGAUUUAGCAUCACUAGAUUUACAACGGGGACGUGAUCAUGGGCUCCCAGGUUACAAUGAAUGGCGAGAAUUCUGUGACUUGCCAAGAGUAACAACAGAAACUGACCUGGCAAUAGCAAUAGAGAACAAGAACGUUGCUAAAACAAUCAUGGAAUUAUAUGGCAACCCCAACAACAUUGAUGUCUGGCUAGGCGGUAUAGUUGAAAACCUUUUACCAGGUGCCAGAACAGGCCCAUUGUUUGCUUGUAUCAUUGGAAAACAGAUGAAAGCACUAAGAGAGGGUGACCGAUUUUGGUGGGAAAACAGCAAUGUUUUUACAGCUUCUCAAAGAAAUGAACUCAGCAAAUAUUCUUUAUCCAGACUGAUCUGUGGCAAUACAAAUCUCACUGCAUUACCCCUUGAUGCUUUCAUGCUUGGAAAGUUUCCUGAAGAUUUUAAGAGUUGUGAAAAUAUACCCAACAUUGAUUUAGGAGCUUGGCGGGAAACCCUUCAGCCAGAGUUUACUUGUGGUCUACCAAAAAGAGUAGAGAAUGGUGAAUUUGUACACUGCACAGAGGCAGGAAUAUCCAAGGUGACCUACUCAUGUUAUCAAGGAUACAAACUACAAGGAGAAGCACAAUUAUCUUGCACAAAGAAGAGGUGGAAUAUGGAUCUACCAGUCUGUCAAGAUAUCAAUGAAUGUGAAAACAAAACCAAUCCUCCUUGCCACACCUCUGCCAGAUGUGUGAACACCAAAGGCAGUUUCCAGUGUUUCUGUACAGAUCCUUAUGAACUGACUGAAGAUGGACUAGCAUGUACUGAUUCGGGAAGGCUUCCCAAAAGCUCUGUAGUUGCCAUCAUUUUAGGCAUUAUUUUGUGUUGUUGUUUGGCAGCGGCAAGCUGGUUCAUCAUUUGCCAGUGUAGGACAAACUGCACUAGGAGUUCAACUAAUUUAUGCAUAAUACCAGAUGGAAGAAACCUAUCUGUUGAAGGACACUGGAAAAACUGCCAUGAAACAAAUGCAUCACAAUCAAGCAUAACUGUUAAACCAGCUGAUAAGGAUUAUCACAGUCCCUGCGUUCUACUUUGAAUGUGAAUUAUGACAAAACAUUUUAGAAGAUAACAUCAGUAAACACUUUGGACUAAGAAUCAGAGGGAAUUUAAAUGAGAACAAAUUAUCCAAUGAUAUAUCUAUGCCAGAUUAAUCUGCCCUUAAUUGAAGUGCAUCCUUAACUACGUAAUCUAUCAUCAUUCAUUUGCUUAGAACUGCCCAGUUGUGUUCAAUAAUGUUAUGGUUUAAUCUGUCAGUGUCAUAAAGCCAAUCUGCAUGUACAUCCUCGAUUGAGAAAUCUCAUCUUCAACCUCCAAAAUGCCAGAAGGUCUUCCUUCCUAGAAGAAUCUAGGACAGUGGUGGCGAACCUAUGGCACGGGUGCCAGAGGUGGCACUCAGAGCCCUCUCUGUGGGCACGCGCAAACAGAGUCCCCCCCCACACACACACAUCUAGGCUGGUCUGGGCUGC